AUGGCGUCCAUGAACGCCACGAACGGCAACGCCUCGCCCUCCGUCAGUUCGGGCAGCACUAAGGCACAGCUGAAGACAACAACGAGCGGCAAGGCCAUGGACGGCACGCGCAAGCAGACCGCCAGCCCCAUUGACGCUUCGCAGAGGAAAGCGCCCGCUCCCAAGGCUUGGUCCUCAGGAACGAACCCGAUCACCCAGCGCCCCAACAAUCCGGCAUUAUCCAACGGCGCAGCCGGCGCGGGCAAAGGUCCUGCUGGAGCUAAAGGCAUGGCGGCUCCCUCAAAAGAAGCCUCGGCCUCGGACAACAAUAAGCAUGCGCACGACCGCAUGAUCUUCUUAAUCAGUAAUUUUGUUGGUAUGCCCGCGUCCGUCACGCUGAAGAGCGGCGAGCGUUUCUCCGGUAUAUUCUCGAGCUCUUCCCUCGAGCAGCAGGAGUACCGUUACACUUUCAAGAUGGUGAAGCGGCUGCCAUCCCUCGGCGGCCAGGUCAACGGUACAUCUGAAUCUCAGGACGACUACUGCGGUGUUGGCCGAGACUAUCGUAUGAUUUUCGACGUGAAGGAUGUUGUCGUACUAAACGUAGAGAAUGUCGCCAUGGAUAAGACGAAGGCCAGAAACGGUGCGUCCGUCGGCUUCAAGACAGACAGUGACAUCUCUGGCCACCUCCAGGCUCGCGAGCGCAAUCUCCAACCUUGGGUUCCUAGUGCAGAUACCAAGGUCGACAUGUCGCUCGGCGAUGAUUCCGGCGCCGGCUGGGAUCAGUUCGAGACCAACGAGCGCUUGUUCGGCGCUACGAGCAACUACGACGAGGACUUAUACACUACUAGGAUCGAUCGCAACGAUCCGCGGUACAAGGACCGAGCAGCCAAGGCUGAAAAGCUUGCUAGGGAAAUCGAAUCCGGCUCCGCGCUGAACGCCCACGUCUUGGAGGAGCGUGGCCAAGUGUCUGUUGACGAUAGUGGUUUGGACGAGGAGGAGAAGUACAGUGGUGUCAAACGCGACCUUCCGUCACCCUCGUCGGGUCAGCCCAACAAGUACACUCCCCCCGCAAGGAGAGCACCUACUGCGCAGGCCACCGUUGCAGGGGCGCCAGUCGAUCCAGCCAUCAUAUCCUCUCAAAUCGCGCGCCCUGACGCUUCCGCUGCCCGCCCGUCCCAGCCCCAGGCUGCGGAAUCCAAAGAUCAGCAAGCUCCUACCGCGCCGAAAUCUGAAGAUAGGCAAUCUGCGACGACUGCGAUUGCGGGAGAGCAAGCAGCUGCAGCAACCAAUGCGACAAAACCUGCAGACACGUCCGUCGCAGCGCCUGCCACCGAAGCUAGUAAGAAGCCACCGUCCACACUGCAACAGACCACCUCAGAUAUGGCAACUCGGAAGCCUGGACGAACUGGACCCAACACUGUUGAGCAUGAUCUUCUGGACUCUUUCAAGCAAUUUUCUGCCAACGAGAAGAUGAAGUUGCAGGAGAGGCAGCGUCAUGCCGCUAGGCACGACAAGAACGUCAAGCUCAACGACCUCAAGAAGUUUGCCAUGAACUUCAACUACAGUGCUCCCAUCCCAGAUGACUUGAUUCCAAUCCUAGCCAAGGACCCCAGCAAGCAACAGGAAAUCAAGCAGAAGUCCCAGAAGGCUGCCGAGGAUCGCAAGUCUUCGGCUGUUUCAGCCACCGAAGCGAAGGCCGCCGUCAACAACACCGAUGCCAAGACGCAGCAGAGGGCCUCCGGGCCUGCAGUGCCGCCCUCUAUCAAUCAGCGUGGCGCAAGGCCGAACCAGGGCCCUUACCCUCAAGCGCCCCGUGGCGACAGAAAUGCUCAGAACAUUCCGGGUAUGCCACCAAGGAAUGGCCCGGGAAUGCUCAGUCAGCGCCUUGCGAUCACUCAGCAGCAACACAAGGCUGGUGUGGGCAUGCCUACCAUGCCACUGCCAAUUCACGACCUGCGCAUUCCGCCUUCUGGUCCUGCCGCGCCAUCUAGUGGAUCACACACGCCGUCUUCAAGCAUUUCCACCAGGUUCAAUGUAAAGGCGCUCGAGUUCCGGCCCAAUCCUGCCGCUAACACGUUUACACCGGGAGGUAACGGUAGUAACGCAUCGAGCCCGAGGAAGGAAUCUGCUCCGCCUCGUCCGGAGCCACGUAGGGCGCCGACGAGUAGCUUCUUUGGUUCACACAAGCCCACCGCGCCCGCUGAAAGGCCGUCUUUGGCUGACAUGUUCAACCCCAUCAAGCGUAUGAAGAAGGACGUACAGGCGGACAACAAGAGCAAGGAGUACGCAGCCAAUGGCGGAAUUCCUCAGGCUUAUAGGACCCCGCCGAUCUGGGACGUCCCGGAACAAAACCGUGACAAGAACUUUACAGACUUGUUUGAGCGUGCUCCUAUUACAGUCCAGCCGAACUCAGCUCCUCAAGCUGCUCUUAACAACGUUCACCCUCCGCACCAGCACCAGCUCCCCACUCAUCUUCAGCAAGGCGGCCAGGGAAUGCCGCAAGUGCACACCCCCCAGCACACGCCUCGCCACCCUCCUGUUCAGCCCCACCAUCCAGGCGCCCCGCACUUUGAUGGUCAUAACAUGCAAUUCUCAGCGUCGAACUCUUCGAUUCACCCCUCCCCUCGUGCAGGCAUGCCUCAGUUCAUCUACGGCCAAGUACCACAGCAUUUGCCCAACUUCCAGCAAGGCGCUAUGCCGGCGACCUAUGCAAUGAGCCCGGCAAUGCGUGCAGUACCUGUUGGUCCACAGCCAGGGUUCGUUGCUUCAGGCCCUGUCAUGGGCAGCCACCCCAUGAUGAACCAGCACUCGAACGGCCCUGGAAUGUUCCCUGGUCCUCAGAUGCCGCAAAUGCCUCAGAUUCCCCAAAUGCAGCAGAUGAUGCAAUCUCCCGGUCCAGGUCAAGCCUACCCUUACCAGCCAGGCAUGAUGCCUGCACCCCCUGGUGCCAAUGGCUUCCCCAGUCCGAGGCCUGGCCCAGCGCCCAUGAUGGUCCAUCAGGGUUCUCAACAGGGGCAUGCCCCGCAGCAGUUCAUGCCCAUGCCCAAUGGUGGAUAUCCAGCUCUGUUCCACCAGAUUCAGCCGGGAUCAAUGACACCGAUGCGUGGCCCCUACCCACAACCGCAUGUCCAAACCUGCCUCCGUCAACAACAGCAGUCUCCACAGCCUCUGCGUCAACGCCUCGGCUACGCCACCCAAUCCAAUGCAAGGACCAUACCCCGGCAGAAGAGACGGCGGCGCCUAAUUCUUGCUGCAGCUGGCGGCGGUACUGUCGCCGCAGCUGUGGCGGUGAGCGACGAUGCGAAGCACGCGGUCACGGCCGUUCGGCGCUCAGGGCGAGUCGUUACUACCCUUUACGUGAACAUUCAGGAUUACCGCAAAACGCUCAAGCAUGACGCCAACGACCCCGACUACCCCGAGCUGCUCAAAGCGUGCCACAAGCGCUGUGCGGAGAGAACGCUAUGGACCCUGGAAAAGAAUGGCUCGAUAUUCAUCAAGCUGGGACAACAUCUGAGUAGCAUGAACUACCUCCUUCCGACCGAGUGGUGCGACACGUUCAUUCCGCUGCAAGACAAGUGCCCGGUGUCGUCGUUUGAGUCGGUCGAGGAGAUGGUGAUGAAGGACACCGGACAGUCUCUCAUGGAUUACUUUUCCGAGUUUGAAGAGACGCCCAUUGGCGCGGCGUCGCUGGCACAAGUCCAUCGCGCCGUGGUGAGGGAGACGGGACAGAAGGUAGCGGUCAAGGUGCAGCACCCCGCGCUGGACGAAUGGGCCCCGCUCGAUUUGGCUCUGACCCGAUUCUCUUUUGCUACGCUGAAAAGAUGGUUCCCCGAGUACGAUCUUACAUGGCUUGCCUCGGAGAUGGACAUUUCGCUUCCGCAAGAGCUGGACUUCCGCAGGGAGGCCGAGAAUGCCAUGCGGGCCAAGGAAUACUUCUCCAAUAUCAAAGAUGCGCCCCUGAUCAUCCCGGACGUCCUGUGGGCGGAACGUCGCUUUCUGGUCAUGGAAUACGUCACCGGACAUCGGCCGGAUGACCUUGAGUACCUUGAUUCCCACGGCAUCGACCGCGACGAGGUGUCUGCUGCUCUUGCACGUAUAUUUAACGAGAUGAUUUUCGGUACCAACGCCCCGCUCCACUGCGAUCCUCAUGGAGGUAACCUCGCCAUACGCCACAACCCCUCCCGAUGGGGCAAGGGAAACUUUGACAUCAUUCUCUACGACCAUGGCCUGUAUAGAGACAUUCCCAUGGACAUUCGCCGAUCGUACGCCAAGCUAUGGCUUGCUGUUCUGGACGCGGAUGAGGCACGCAUGAGAAAAUACGCAAAGGAAGUUGCUGGCAUACCUGAUGAGUAUUUCCCUCUGUUCGCAAGCGCCAUUACUGGCAGGGACUUCACUGCGGUGAGAUCGGGUGUGGGAAAGCCGAGAAACGAGGCCGAGAAGGAGGCUAUAUCCACUGCUCUGGGUGAGGGAAUGCUGCAGCAAUUGGUCGAUCUACUUGGCAAGGUACCUAGGGUCAUACUGCUGAUUCUGAAGACCAAUGACCUGACACGAUCGCUCGAUGAGAAUCUCCACACGCGCCAGGGACCGAUUCGGACGUUCUUGAUUCUUGCUCGCUACGCAUCCCGCACGGUUUUUGAAGAGCACAUGGAAGCUUUGAGCGGCAGCAUCUUGCGGCCGAGGAACCUCUUCCGCUUUUUGCGUGCUUGGCUCUCGUAUGUGAGAGUGGACUUGGAACUUAACUUGUAUGAGUACUACUUGUCUCUCAGGCGGGUGCUCGGGUUGCAUCCGGUGAUGUAA